UACAUAACGCUUGUAAACUUGUUGAAGGCCGGUGUAACAGGAAUGGUAGGCCUAAUCCUAGGAACGGAACUCCGCGGUUCAGGUUAUAGCUAGGUUAGCGGCGUGACAAGAAUGAUAAUAAUUACAGGAAUGGUAGUCCAGGGUCCCAUGUGAUAAGUACAGGUUAGGUUAAGUCGGAGUAUUGGGGUUUGUAUGUGGGACCGUUGACAUCAAUAUUGUCACCUGUACAAAUUAAGUAAUGGGGAACGGACUACAGUGCUCAGCGGACUGCCAUUCCUGCCACACCUGUACACACACGUGGUUAUUCACAACCCCUAUACCGAUGUAACAGUACAAUCAACAAACGCUGUUCGGAGUUCAAUGAUUAGGCCUUUAUUGAUCGCGCCCCAGUUACACAUUCAGUCGACCCUGUGUUGUCCGCGGAGUAAACAUUAAUUACCCUGGACAAAAUGGCUAAGGUUCAGAUGGAGUACAACUUUUUAGGAAGGUCCGGGGUGAGGGUGUCAAACAUCUGCCUUGGAACUAUGACGUUUGGGAAGAUCAACGUAAUGGGAGGUCGUCCCGGCAACCUGGACGAGGAGGCCGCUCACGUCAUGAUGGACAGGUUUGCCGAGCUAGGAGGAAACUUUCUGGACACAGCCGACGCCUACCAGUUUGGGGAGUCGGAGAAAAUAGUGGGCAGCUGGCUUCAGAAACAGGACAGGGAGAAGUUUGUCUUGGCAACUAAGGUGGGUGUACCGAUGUCCUUCGAUGACCCGAACUCCCUGGGUACCAGCAGAAAACACGUCAUGCACGGCGUAGAACAGAGCCUGAAGAGACUGCAGACUGAUUAUAUUGACCUCUAUCAGACACAUGUUUGGGACAACGGCACUCCGGUGGAGGAAACGCUGCGUUCUCUCAGUGAUCUGGUCCGUGCUGGUAAGGUGCGGUAUAUCGGCGUCAGUAAUGUGGCUGGGUGGCAGCUACAGAAGAUAACAGACUUGGUCAAGUAUAUGGGGCUGGAGAAGGUGGUCAGCUUACAGCAACAAUACAACUUGCUGUGCCGUGAGACGGAAUAUGAAGUGUUAGACGUGUGUAUUAAUGAAGGCAUCGGGUUCUUACCAUGGAGUCCACUGAAGGGAGGCUGGCUGAGUGGUAAAUUUAAGCGUGGUAUGGGGGCUGGUGGCGCCUCUAGCAGUAGAAUAGGUUGGGUCAGUGAGAAAGCUGGGGAGCGCAUCCUGCAGUCGGCGCCAUCUUGGGAUCAGUAUGAUAACGACAAAACCUGGACACUUCUGGAGGCCAUGGAGAGAAUCGGGAAAGAACAUGGUAAGUCCGUGGCCCAGGUCGCCAUCCGCUGGUUAUUACAGAGGCCCACAGUGUCAGCUGUGAUCAUUGGAGCCACCAAGAUGUCACAAAUGGAGGACAAUAUUGGGGCGGCCGCUGGGUGGGAGCUCACGGAUGACCAGAUGCAGGAGCUGAAUAAACUGUCCAUGCCUGUGAUACCAUACCCGUAUGAAAUGAUCAGAAGAGCUAACAAAAUGAGGAAAGAGUCAGAAUUCUGAAAUGACCAGAGGAGCCACCAAAAUGAUAAAAGACACAGAUACGUGUAUCUUAAGUGGAGGGGUACCCACGGAAUCACUACAGCAAUAAUACAUGUGCAGGCACUAUAGCGUGCUGAUUGUCCAUGGAUAGGUUCUGUCCACUUCUGUUUGUUGUCACACAGCAAUUGUUGGCCAUUAUUUCUGAUCAGUGGUCUCUCCUCCAAAUCCCUGGAAUCUCGUUUUGUAGCGCGACACUUUGGGUUAUCUGGGACGAUUUUCCUUGGCAUACCACGGUGUAAACAGCAUUCAAGAAAAAUUAAUAAAUGGAUUCAAUCUUAAAAUAGAAAUUAUUGAUCUUUACCAUUAAAAUUAAAGCACAACAUUUGGUGUUACUAAAUGAUACGUGAUUCUUUAAAAAAAUAGAAUUUUAUAAUAAUUCUAUAUUGAACAA